AUGGCUACAACCACAUGCUUGCUUGAGGCGCUGCCCAAUGAGAUCCUAGCCGCAUCCCUGGCAUAUCUCUCCACACGGGAACUCAUCCACAUCGUCCCCAUCAGCCGGGUCUUCUACAUACUCGCCACACGCCUCAUCCACCGCCGACUAAUCGACGUAUCACCUCUACCGCACAAUCAGCUCAUUUUAGAAUGUUACCAUCCCAGCGCGAGACUUUCCACGCCGACCCUAUCAUGCAGAUAUCUUGGUCUGAAGACGGCGAGCGAGCAGCCCAUCAGAGACGAGUCCCUCAGGUUCACUGACCUCGGCAAACUGUACUCAUCGUUUCGGCCAGUUUCCACAGAUGAGAAUCGCAUCAGACGGUCUUCUUCGCAAACAGUCAGCCAUGCCUCACAGGGUGAUAGCACGGCGACCCAGGAAGUCUAUAUAGAUGAAGAUGUACUGUUCUCGCAACUAGUCACUGUGACAAGCGUGGUCAAAGAGUCCUCAAAAUCGGGAUUCUUCGUCAGCCACGUGACUACGUGCGAUGGCUUCAUACGGAUUUGGCGACAAUGGUUGGCAGACAUGGCGAGCUCAAAUGACGAUGAGAAAUCAAGCUCUACGACUGUGGAUUUUGACAAGUUUCUGUGGGUAGGUCCUGGUAGGGAUGUUGGGCUGCGAUUUCGAGUAGAACUCGGUCCGGCUGAGAGGAUGCCGCUUCUCAGUGGUCCUGGUGACGAUGCACCUGUGGCUUAUACGCUCAUUUACGAAGAAUUAAUUGUUCGAACGUCUACACUUCUUAUGGCUGCAGAGGCAUCAAUGGUGCAAGAGAGUUCCCGUUCGUCUAGGGCUGUUAUAAUUGCACAGGUUUGA